GGGAAGGCGCUUUUCCGGCGAUUUUCCGAAUACGUAAACAAUUCGAAGUUUAAGUGUAGUGAAGUGUGGUGUUAGUGAUUAGUGUGGCGUGGUAAUUUUUGGUGCUGAACAAAAUGAAGGCAACGUAACGAAGACUGGGCGAUGCGCGGCGCGCGCGCGUUACGUGCCCUGCGCGUAACAUGCGCUCACUAAACGUGACCGCUUGCGCGGCGCUGCUCGAUGACGUACGCUGGGACGAGCCCACCAGCGUUGCAAGCCUUGCUGUCCUCGCUCUGAUAGAUGUCCUUGUUAUCACAGGAAACUGCUUGGUAAUAGCUGCGGUCCUUUGCUCGUCAAAGUUGCGCAGUGUCACAAAUCUUUUCAUCGUAUCGCUGGCAGUAGCCGACUUAUUGGUUGGCCUUGCAGUGCUGCCUUUCUCUGCUACCAGGGAGGUCUUUAAGGUAUGGAUUUUCGGGGACGUCUGGUGUUCAGUCUGGCUGGCUGUCGACGUCUGGAUGUGUACUGCAUCCAUUCUGAACCUAUGCGCUAUAUCUCUGGACAGAUAUGUUGCUGUGACCAGGCCAGUCAGCUAUCCUUCCAUAAUGAGCAAGAAACGCGCCAAAGCGUUAAUAGCUGGCGUCUGGGUUCUCUCCUUUGUAAUUUGCUUCCCUCCACUGGUCGGAUGGAAAGAUAAGAGACCAACGGACGCUAUGAAUUCCCAAGAGAUACACCCCCCCUGCCCUUGGACUUGUGAGCUGACUAAUGACGCAGGGUACGUGGUCUACUCUGCGCUGGGUUCCUUCUACAUACCAAUGUUCGUGAUGCUAUUCUUCUACUGGAGAAUUUAUAAGGCUGCUGUAAGGACUACAAAGGCCAUUAAUCAAGGGUUUAGGACCACCAAAGGUUUAGGAAACCGGUUUGAUGAUAAUCGUCUUACUCUACGAAUACACCGAGGCCGAGGUUCUGCAAGACCCCAUGGCUCACCGCUUUCCACAGCGUCUAAUCACUCUACCAGUACUUCAUUGAGUGCUUCCCCAGAGAGGUUACGAAGGCACUCAAGCGCUCGGCGGGCACACGAAAAGAUCAAAAUUUCCAUUUCAUACCCAUCAUCGGAACAGAUAUGUCCACUGGAGAACUCUAGGUCCCCCAGCAGAUCUCCUAGUCCUUCACUGUAUGCUGUACACUAUGAGAGGGAUGGAAGAGAGCUGACUGAGAGCAGACUAAGGGUUAGACCUCAUCUUACACCCGGAACCCUGUAUGAUGAAUUAGAGGACAAGCCUAGAACGAGACGAAUGGGAAAAAGAAAUAUUAAAGCGCAGGUGAAAAGAUUCCGAAUGGAGACGAAAGCAGCAAAGACCUUGGGCAUAAUUGUAGGAGGUUUUGUAUUUUGCUGGCUGCCAUUCUUCAGUGUGUAUGUAGUGCGAGCGUUUUGCGGUGACUGUGUAACACCAAUUAUAUUCUCAAUACUAUUUUGGCUGGGUUACUGCAACUCGGCGAUAAAUCCUCUUAUUUACGCACUGUUUUCUAAAGAUUUUAGAUUCGCUUUCAAGCGGAUAAUAUGUAAGUGUUUCUGUGCCGGCGGAGGCUCGAGGCGGGAGUCAGAUGGCGCUGACGCCACAGUAACUAUCCGAAGGACCAGACCUACGCAUGGCCAUUCGCACUCAUUAGAUGAAGAUGCGCCAAUGACUAACAAUAAUAGGUGACGUCAACCAUUGCGACGGCAAAAUGCUCAUUUCCAAACGACCGUCGCAUGUGUAUAGAUAGACUUAGUUUAUUGGUAGGUAUAACAACAAUAUAUUGUAAUUAAUGUUAAAUAAACUAUGUAAAGCACCAUUCUAAAUGUUGUAGUAUAGAUAAAUUGUAUUAUUAAAAUAAGUAGGUAUGUAAAUAUAUAUAUACGUAUUCCUGUCAAUGUAAAUCUCAAAACACAUCGGACGCAUCUAUGACGUACCAAGCGUUACAAAUCCAUAAUGAUCUCAUUGAAAGAGUUAAGUAGUAUACCUUAAUCAUAGGAAAUCACCGCUUAUACGUCACUUCCGUCCGUGGAUGAGAACGCGUCAGCUUUAAGCCUUUAGGUUCUGCGCCUGUACUCUGUAACUCUGU